AUGGAGGUCACCAUCAUCCUCACCAAAGGGAUAUUUUGCCUUGAACCAACCCGAGAAAUCGAGAUUGCGAGUAUUGACGCCGAUAGAAACGGGCCAGAUCAAUGUGGCUUCGCUCUCCUGCUCCUCAAGAUUCAGCUCGGCGGUCACUUCGUUUGCCAAAAGGUCACGACCGACCCCAAUGUCGUCCGCGACACCCACGCUAGCCUGGGCUGGCAGUCAACUACAGCUGGAUUGUGGAUUGGGCAAGCAGAAGCCGCAUCAGACGGCGCCGGCGGCAUCUCUACAAGGUACCUGAUAAUGGAUCAACAGAAAAACCUCGCCUUAGCCGCCGGGGAGCCGGAGAAGCAGGACAACCAAGCACUGCAGCGCGAGUUCCUGGCUGCGUUAGUGAGUGUGGACGAGGCAAACGUCGUGCCAAGUGAGAUCUUUAUCGCGGCUGUGGAGCAGACUUUGGACGAUAUCAAGCAUAUAAUCGCGACCAAUUGCUUUGAAUUUUGGGUCCCAGGCUGUGAUGGACAAGGUCGGCAAGGUUCGGCGGAAAUAGGAGAUGGAGGUCAAAUACUACGAGGUAUAGAUCUGGCUUCCAGAGGGUCUGGACACAGGGCAGAAUCAUUCAAUCGAUAG